UCAAGGUUUCAUGCCCCGCGUUGAAUUGGGUAUUAGUUGUAGUUGUCAAUUGUCGUGAUAGUCAUUUCGCAAAUUGUUUAUUGGGGAAGUAAUAAAUUUUUCAGCUUGACAUUUCCAUCUUCUAUGUUUGAUAUUAUAGAGGUGGUGAAUUUACAAGAUGAACUUGAAAAUUGCGCUCGACGACUCACAAAAACAUACAUUGAAUCACACAAACACACAAAAAAAAAUCUCGAGGAGGAAUCUUUCACAAAUAUUUCACCACGUGUAAUUGGAGUCAAAGAUAAUAAUUUGUAUUUAUUUACUUGGAACUGUGAAGAACUAUGCCAUUCAAAAACAUUUAUUGGAGUAUUCAAACGAGAUUCACGUUUGUCAGAAAUAAUUUUUACUCAUCAAAAUAUACUUUUUAUUAUUAAUGCUUCUAUCAACUGUAGUUCAAAAUUACUUGCUUAUUCGUGCAUAGAAAAAAAAUGCAAUUCUGAAAAUUUAUAUUGCUCUUACAUUUCUGAAAUUCACCCUCAAAGAAAUUUAUACUCUUUAAAUAUAAAAUGGAAAGUUUACCAGAAGGUACAGUUUUUAAAAGAUAGUAGCAAAACUUGUAAGGUUUCACAUUUACUUUUUUUUCAUCACAGAGAAACAAUAAGUUUAUAUCGAAUUCCUGCAACAACUGGAAAAGAUGAUCUGUUAAAAAGUGCAGAGUUAUCAGUUGUUUCAGUUGCAUCUAGAUUUAUCUGGGCUCAGUUUGAUUUUAAAUUUAAUAGGUUGUUUUAUGUUGACCUAAAUCCUUCAGAUGAGGAUGAUUCAGCUUCAGAAGGAAUAUUUAAUGCUGUAGAGUUUGACGAACAUGGAAAGUUUCAUUUAGUGUUUAAUUUCAGUUUACCUUUAGAAUUCAAUUUGGAAUUCAUGCAGUUAAAAGAUGUUUACAAUAAUCUUCUUUAUACUGAUAUUGUAUCGUACUCAUUUUUUAAUAUGCGUGUUUUACAGUCUGAUGGUUCAUUAUAUAUAUGCUAUCAACAAUCAAAAAAUAACCAACUAAAUAGUAGUGAAAGUUGCAUUUCUUCAAGUGAAAUAGAGACAAUUAGUUAUGCUAUAUGCUGCAUACAUUCUGGAUACAAAUUGGAUUGCUCGACAUUUAAUGUGAGUGGCUCCUCUCAACAUAUUUGUUUUACAUUGUACAAUGACUUUGUACUUGUUUAUGCUUAUAAGUCAUUUUUCCAUUUACUUGAUAUAAGUUAUGAGCAUGAACCAGUUCAUAAUAUUUUGGUUAACUGUAAAUCGCCGUUUUUUCCAAAAAUAAAAUCAUCUUCAAAUGUUUUGUUAUCUUUAAUUGACAGUACAAAUAUUUUUGAUAUUUGUUCUCAAAAAAUAUUCAAUUUUCAAAUAAGCACUUCUCUUUUAUUUGAGAUGUUUUGCUGCUCAGAUGUAGCUACUCGUUUAUCUAUUUUGCAUAUUGUGGUAAUUCAUUUAAACGAUAAGCAAGUUUGUAGAAAUAUUAUCAAGGUAUUGACUCAAGAAUACCUAAAUCAAGAAGUGUGUAACCUUUUAAAAGAAUACCUUUUAGCUAGAAACUAUGUAAAGAUGUGGAAAUAUGUUAGUUCAAAAACAGAUCUAAGGUUGUUUCCAUUUACCACACAAAGUUUUUAUAAAGAUCAAAUAGAAUGUAGUGAUUCAGGAAAAAAAAAUGCAUGCCUAGAAUAUAGUUUUUAUUCUGAAACUGGUAUAGUCCAGUUAAAAAAAAAUUUGUUCAAGAAUAAAAAAAACUUUUGGGCUUCAAUUCAUAAUAAUUUAUGUUACCAAAGCGCUCUAAAGUCUGAAAGCAAGCGAUUUCCAAUAAAGUUAUUAUUUUUAGCUGGUGUAGAAUUAAAUGAUGAAUCGCUUAGUUUUGAUGUUUUAACUUUAAAUCAGUGCUAUGCUUCACAAUCAAAUUCUGAAAUGAACAAUAUUGUAAUACAGAAGAUGGUCAGUUAUACCUUAACUAAUCAUAGAGAAUUAUCAAAGGAUAUAGUGUUGAGCUUGUGUACUGAAUACACUAAAGAAAGAAUAAACAUUCUAAAACGGCUGUGGAAACAAAUAUUAAAAACGAUAGGCACAAAGCCUUAUGAAACUAUUAUCAAUACAUCAAUUUUAAAUUUGCUUGAUAAAAAUGAAGUUAUGUUGUUUCAUAUGCUUCAAGUAAUUAAAAUGGUUUGUGCUGAAUUAUGUUUACCAGAUGUUUAUGGUAUAAAAAACCUGCUGUGUUUCCUGGGAUUUCGGUACUUAAAGCAUCAUCAAUUUUUAUCUUAUGCAGACUCUUUUGUGAUUGAAAUCAACUAUAAUUUUGGCAAACAAAUCUUUGAGGAGCUUGAUGACUCAUCGGAUAAUUUGAUAUUCAAAGUGAACCUUUUAAAGCAUUUUAAUGCAGAAACAGCUAAAGAUCUUAUAAAAUUAUGGAAUAGUAAAAGUGGAAAUCGACAUCUCCUGCAACAAGCUUUAAGUGGCCUUACUUACAAAGUAAAAAAAAAAACCAAUAUCACAGAUCUGUCUUUGACCGGUGAGGCUUUUGAGGCUUUGCAUGCUUUGAUUGGAUGUAUUAUUUGGCAGAAAAAAGAAGUAACAUUCAUUAGUGAAGUAGAAACUGUUGAGCUUCUUCAAAAUGCAUCGUUAGUAGAUACUGAAGCUUUAGUAAAGAAAGAAAUACAAAAAGAAAAUCCUAGCUGAAAUUCUUUAGUGCUUGACGCCGAUAGUAUAUACAGUAUAAAAUAAAAGAAGACAUUUUUAAGACUUAAAAAAAAGUAAAUUUAUUUAUUAGGUAACACCUUUAACAA